GACACUUUGAAUCACAACUCAAAGAGGUUAGCUUUCAUUUCUAACCCUAGCCCUAACCCAUCUAACAAGGUUCAUUAUGGAAAGAGAAUGGGAUGUAUGAUCAGACACUUUGAAUCACAACUCAAAGAGGUUAGCUUUUAUUUCUAACCCUAGCCCUAACCCAUCUAACAAGGCUCAUUAUGGAAAGAGAAUGGGAUGUAUGAUCAGACACUUUGAAUCACAACUCAAAGAGAAGAAGAACUCAAGCUGUCAGUCUCUAAGCUUUGUGAGUGCAGACAACAUUCAUGCAUUAUCUCACAUGUCUGAUAUACUCUUCCGUUCUGGACAACCUUUGCCUUCAUCAAUCACCCAUGAACAGGUGGAACAGGCCAAAGAAGAACGAAGGAAGAACAAACCUAUGUGUAAUCAGCUCAAAGCCUUUGGUGUUUGUAGGAGCAGGAUGCAUUGUGGGGAUCGACAUGAAGUGUUUUCAGACGUGGAUGAACCAGGAACCCAUCCAGAUUACAUUGACCUUCCCAAGCAAGGCACUGUCAAGCUGAUUGUGACUUACAUAGUGAAUGCCUCCCACUGUUAUGUGCGUCUACUGGCCCAUCGACUUUCUCCUGAUCACAAGGUCGUUUCCAUGACAACAGACUAUGUCAAAUUGACUGUAGAACUGCAGGAAUGGUACACUGACCCGGUCAACAUCAUAGGUCAGCGACCUCUUCAGAAGGAUAAUUUGUGUGGCUACAAGGACCAGGCAGGAUGCUACUCUAGAGUUAGAGUAGAGGCUUUGGUUUCCAAGGAAACCGUUGACUCGCCUGGCAUUGCUAACGUAUACUUUGUAGACAGAGGAGGGAGAGAGAGAGUUGGAAUUGACAAGUUACUCAAGCUACCUGAUGGUCUACGUCAAAUCAAGUAUCAGGCAGUGGAGGUGUUUGUGAGUCGUGUGAAGCCUACCGACAAGGACUAUUCCUGGAACCCUCGGGCGGAUAACUACAUGUAUGACUUCUUGAGUAACAAGGAACUAGAUGGAAAGAUCGUGCUCAGCCUUGGUAACAGUCUAUGGUUGGAUCCUUUAGUUGAACGAUGUCAUCUUGAAGAGACCAAGUCAUCUGUAGAGAUACAUACCAGGAGAGAGAUGAUCAAACAAGGAUUUGCUGUGGAUAAUCCUGAUCACAUCACAAACUUAGUGGAGUUAUGCAAGGGGAAGAUGAACCUACCCAAAGAUACCCCAUUGACACAAGUCAAUCAAAGUGUGAAGCUACCACCACCUGCUCGGCUGAAUGAGGAUGUAGCAAACCAGGUGUAUCUAUCAGCGAUAGAGAACCCUCAUCACAUCUAUGUACAACCAGUCAAAUCAAACUACAGGUUAGAGAACCUAAUGCAGAAUCUGAAUCGCAAGAUGGCUGACUACCAACCAACAGGAGAGUGCCAGGUUGCUCUAGGAGAGCUGUGCAUUGCAAAAUGUAGUAUUGAUGACAGAUGGUACCGAGGUCGUGUUCUGGAUGAGAAGGAUGAUGAGAGAGACGUCUUCUUUAUGGACCAUGGUGAUAUGGAGUGGGUUCAGAAGGGCUUUGUGUGCCCUCUACCUCAGGAAUUCACAGAUCUUGGCCCUCAAGCGAUUCAAUGUAGCUUAGAAGCUAUUGAACCAGUAGCUUAUCAGGAGACAUGGGAUGACAAGACUACUGAAGAGCUGUGGAAUAUGUGUGUAGGUGAAACCACUAAGGUGUCUGUUACAGUCGAGGUCCAGAGCACUGCACUGUGUGAUAGGACCGGUGGCUAUCGAUACAAGGUGAACAUGUACAAUGAAAUGGGAGGAGAAAAGAUCCUCGUUAGCAAGAGACUGAUUGAUGCUGGUCUAGCUCAACCAACUCAACAUUUCAUGAAGAUGAUGUUCCCGAUUGAAACCAGUCCCUCAGAAGACAUUCAGCAACUCAACAAACUAUGUGCACAGCUCUAUCUAGUCAAGAGCUCAAAAGGUCAGGUCGGAUUAGUCACCAGAAUAGAUGAACUCAUGUCAAGUGAAAGUGACAAGACAACUCUGCUUGAGGGUGGAUGUAUCAGAGCAUUAUGUCAGGUAUUGUGCAAUGGAAAACUGAAAGAGAAUACCAAAGAACUCCUGGUGCUAAGUCUACUAAGAGUCUCAUCUGAAUCUCCUAGAAUAUGUCAUGAGAUAGCAAAUGAAGGAGGAUUGAAAAGCAUCCAUAAUGCUCUCAUGAAGACAUCUGAUGGAGGCUUAAAGGAGAAUAUCACCUCCUUCAUCCAAGAAAUCGCAACAGAGAAAAGGACCAGAGACCUGUUCUUAGCUGCUGGAGGUAUCACAAUCCUACAUCACCUGCUAGACUUGAACAACAGCAGUUUAGUGAUUAAGAAUGUCUGUGAUACGCUGAGAAACAUCCUUUUCUACAAUGAUGUUGUCAGGGAUAGCUUACCCACAGAAGUCAUCUCAUCUCUAUGUGCUCUCAUCAAUGACACUGACCAUAUCGACAGGCUUGCUCAUCCACUAGCCGUCCUAGCAGACUUAGCCAAAAACCCAAGGAAUCGUGAUGUGAUGCAUGAGCAUGAUGCCUUACUAGCUGCUUGUAAUAUCAUGUGGGCUGUAAGAGAUGACAAGGUAGUACAGCAGACUGUCUUGUUACUGAAGACCCUAGGGAGUGAUUAUGAAGCUAGGCAGAUGAUGCUUGAACAUGAAAUACUACCUUGUAUAUCAGGAUGUGUAAUGUCACACAACCUCAAUAGUCAAACCAAAGAUGAAUGUCUCCCUCUAAUGGACAUGAUUGACCAGCAUGAAAUAGAUGAAGCAUCUCGUGCACAUAGCCAGAAAGCUCUUCCCCAAACAGAGUUGACUAUCCCUAAAACUCACCCCAUGGCCCAAUCAAAGGACAGCAUUCAGACUGUUCCAUUGAAUGGUGGGGGUGAUGCAAGCCAUCUGUUGGAGGAGGAGGACUCUGAUGAAAUGCCUCUUCUAGAGGAAGAUGAAGUGGAGAUCAAACAAUGUCAUCCAAAGAUAUUAUGGUCUCAGCAUGCCAACUCGGUUCUUCUUAGUGUUCAGUUACAAGAUGUCAAACACCCUAUCGUCAACGUCACCACAAGCAGUAUUUCUUUCAGUGCAAUCUUAGAGAACAUAGAGUAUGAGUUUGAGUUGGAUUUGUUUAGCCGAGUUGACAACACUAACUUCACCAUGGUAUCAGCUGGGAGAGAGUUUCUCAUCACACUCUAUAAAGAGAGCAUCGGUAUCAAGUGGACUAGACUCACACAAACCAAAACAAAGAUACCAUACAUCAGUGUAGACUUUGAGAGAUGGCAGGAUGAUGAUGAGGAUGCUCAGAACGCAAAGAGAAAACCAUAUACUCCCAAGAGGACUUCAAUCAGAUUCCUGGAACCAGGCAUAGAGGAGUCUGUGGAUUAUCAUCACAGAUCAGAAGAUGAGGAGGAUCUAUCAGAAAGAUCAGGAGAUGAGUUUGAGAAAGCUUUUGAUGACAUACCAACACUUUCAUCCAGGAGUGAUACAGACCGUGGUCUCAGUAGUUGAGAGAGUGCUUCCAUAUCUUGGUGACUGUGGAUGGACUUGUUGCACUCUAUGGCGUACAUACAUUUUGGAAGAGGGGGGGGGGGGAUGGAGCCCUCUUCCGAUGGGAGUAGGGCGGGUUGCACCUGGGCCCCAUGUUUACAAAACUUGUCAUCAGUGACAAAUGAAAGUUUUUGUUAUAAGCUUGUGAAAUCCUUGCUUCUGAUUGUUGGCAUUUGUCAUUGAAAAAAGGCUUGUGAAACGGGUCUCUGGACAUGUUCUAGAUCAUAUGCAAGGUGGGAGGUUGUAUUUUAUUUUUGUCUAUUUACACUGUACUUUUUUGUGGUGUAUUUCUGAUCCUUCAAACAGGGGAAGGAUGUAAGCUGACACCACCCUGUGCUGGGUAGCCCACUAUGACUAUACAUUCUAUACAUUCCAAAAUGGGAGAGAUGUUUUCCUUCUCUUUUUUUAGGGUAAUCUUUCACUGCUUUUUGGUGACUCAGUUGAUAUAGGAGAGUAAAGAUAUAAUACCACCUGUAAUCUCAAAUAGGUAGGUAUAUGUGCCUUAAAGUGGGACUGCACUACUUGUAGCUACUUGCGCCCUCUAUAUACCCAACAAUGCCUAAGCGGUACGCAUUGGUCCCCCAUGG